UACAAACGAUAGCUGAGCAGCUGUGCAAUUAAAGUUGGAAAAACAAAUUGUGCUUAAAAAUAUAAUCAAAAUGGCACAAGACAUGCUACUUGGCGAUGAGGAGCCCAGUAGUAACAAGGAGACCUUUCUGCAACAGUUCUGCGUGUUGGCAAAAAAUGCAACCGGCGCCGCUUUGUUGGAUGUCAUCAAACAAGUGCUGGACGCUCCGAAUGUCUUUGUGUUUGGGGAGUUGUUAGCGGAGCCGAAUGUCGCUGAACUAAAGGAUGGCCCCGAUGCCAAGUACUACAACACGCUGAAUCUCUUUGCCUACGGCACCUACAAACAGUUCCGUGCCCAGCAGCAGGAUUACAUUGAAUUGACGCCGGCAAUGCAGAAAAAGCUGCAGCACUUGACCAUCGUCUCGCUGGCCAUCAAAACCAAGAGUAUUCCCUAUGCGGUGCUCUUGAAUGAACUGGAAAUCGAUAAUGUUCGACACCUGGAGGACAUCAUCAUUGAGGCUAUUUAUGCAGAUAUAAUACAUGGCAAACUGUUUCAGAACACACGCAUUCUGGAAGUUGACUAUGCUCAGGGUCGUGACAUUCCACCGGGCUACACGGGCAAGAUUGUGGAGACAUUGCAGGCCUGGGUGAACUCCUGUGACGGUGUCUCCAACUGCAUUGAUAUGCAGAUUAAGUAUGCUAACACCGAGAAAGCAAAGCGGCUGUAUAACAAGGAGCGCAUCGAGCAGGAGCUCAUAAGUCUGAAGAAGGUGCUGAAGAGUCAGGCGUCGGACAGUGAUGAGAGCAUGCAAAUAGAUACACAUGGACCAGGACCCAGCGGCAGUGGCGGCAUGAACCAACCGGAGGUGCGUAAGAAGCCAACAAAAAUGAAGAAUCCACGCAGCGGUGCAGUUGGUCUUAAGUUCAGCAAGUGAGUGCAGGCCGGCUGAGUGCCAAACAAAUCCAAUGCAGCCCCCCGAGGCAGUUGAGAACUGGUCAAACUGGCAACAAUUGGUACAUUCGGCAUGUUCAGCAAACCAAAAUGGAACUCAUUUAAAUACUUAUAACAACUGUAGCACCCAUUAGUCAUUUAAAUUAUCAAUAAAUAAUAAAGAAAGGUUCAUCAAAUCUAUCCACAUACAUUA